GACUGUGGCCAGGCCAAGGGGAAUGCAGAGGAGACACAGAGCAGGCGGGCCAAGAGCACGAUCCGGCCGCAGCACGCAGGACGCGCGGCGAUGGAGGCUGCCCGCGCCGUGCGCUUCCUCCUCGUGGUGUGCGGCUGCCUCGCGCUCCCGCCGCGGGCCCAGCCCGUGUGCCCAGAGCGGUGCGACUGCCAGCAACCCCAGCACCUCCUGUGCACCAACAGGGGGCUCCGCGCGGUGCCCAAGACCAGCUCGCUGCCGAGCCCCCAGGAGGUGCUCACCUACAGCCUCAACGGCAACUUCAUAACCAACACCACGGCCUUCGACUUCCACCGUCUGGGGCAGCUCAGACGGCUGUACCUGCACUACAACCAGAUCCGCUCCCUGCACCCCAAGACCUUUGAGAAGCUCUCGCGGCUGGAGGAGCUCUACCUGGGGAACAAUCUCCUGCAGGCGUUUGUCCCGGGCACGCUGGCCCCGCUGCGCAAGCUGCGCAUCCUCCACGCCAACCGGAACGAGAUCGGCCGCCUGAGCCGCGGCUCCUUCGAGGGCCUGGAGAGUCUGGUCAAGCUGAGGCUGGAAGGGAACGCCCUGGGGGAGCUGCCGGACGCGGUCUUCGCCCCCUUGGGCAACUUGCUUUACCUACAUCUGGAGUCCAACCGGAUCCGCUUUCUGGGCAAGAACGCCUUUGCCCACUUGGGCAGACUGCGCUUCCUCAACCUCUCUGCCAACGAGCUGCAGCCCUCCUUACGCCACGCAGCCACCUUCGCACCGCUGCGCUCCCUCAACACCCUCAUCCUCUCGGCCAACAGCCUCCAGCACCUCGGGCCUCGCGUCUUCCAGCACCUGCCUCGUCUCCGCCUACUCUCGCUCGGGGGCAACCAGCUCACACACCUCGCGCCGGAAGCCUUUUGGGGGUUGGAGGCCCUACGCGAGCUGCGCCUGGAGGAGAACCGGCUGAGCCAGCUGCCCGUGGCGCUGCUGGAGCCUCUGCUCAGCCUGGAGACUCUGGACCUCAGCGGGAACGCGCUGUCUGCUCUGCACCCCACUGUCUUUGGCAACCUGGGCCGGCUGCGCGAGCUCAGCCUGCGCGACAACGCGCUCAGCGCCCUCUCCGGGGACAUCUUCGCCGCCAGCCCGGCCCUCUACCGGCUGGAUCUAGACGGCAAUAGCUGGACCUGCGACUGCCGUCUGCGGGGCCUGAAGCGCUGGAUGGGCGACUGGCACUCACAAGGCCGUCUUCUCACCGUCUUCGUGCAGUGUCGCCACCCCCCGGCCUUGCGGGGCAAGUACCUGGAUUACCUGGAUGACCAGCAGCUGCAGAACGGCUCUUGUGCGGAUCCCUCGUCCUCAGUUUCCCCAACCGCCGAAGGCCUGCGGAGGCCCUUACCCACGGCCACCGGGGAGGAAAUGGCGCCCCCUGCAGGUGGGCUCGCGGAGGAGCUCCCGCCGCAGCCGCAACCACAGCAGCGCGGGCGAUUUCUGCCUGGGGCGGUCUGGGAUGGGGCAGCCAGGGAGUUUUUGGGCAACCGCAGCGUUCUGAGGCUGAGCCGAGGGGGCCCGGGCCUCCAGCAGCCGGACCCGUCCUCCGCUGCAGCCGCGGGCCUGGCGCCACACCCCCUGGACCUGCUUCAGAAGCCCAAACGGGGACCUCCGACUCCUGCAGAUGCUGCCCGUGCGGAGCCCACCCCGACGGCCGCACCCGUCUCCGCGCCGGCGCCCGCUGGCGACCCCUGGCAGCGCGCGGCAAAGCAGAGCCUGGCAGCGCAGCAGCAGGAGAGCGCCGCCCAGUCCGACGGCGGGGUCGGCCUGCCGCCGCUGGUGUCUGACCCGUGCGACUUUAACAAGUUCAUCCUGUGCAACCUGACCGUGGAGGCGGUGGGCGCAGACAGCGCCUCGGUCCGCUGGGCUGUGCGUCAGCACCGCAGCCCCCCGCCGCUGGGCGGCGCGCGCUUUCGCCUGCUCUUCGACCGCUUCGGCCAGCAGCCUAAGUUCCACCGCUUCGUCUACCUGCCAGAGCGCAGCGACUCGGCCACACUGCGGGAGCUGCGCGGGGACACCCCCUACCUGGUGUGCGUGGAGGGCGUCCUCGGGGGCCGGGUCUGCCCGGUGGCUCCCCGCGACCAUUGUGCUGGGCUGGUCACCCUGCCAGAGCCUGGGAGCCGGAGCAGCGUAGAUUACCAGCUGCUGACCUUGGUCUUGCUGGCCGUCAACGCACUGCUGGUGCUCCUGGCCUUGGUGGCCUGGGCGUCACGCUGGCUGCGGAGGAAGCUACGGGCUAGGCCGAAGGGUGGGGCCCCUGUGCAUGUUAGACACAUGUAUUCCACCCGACGUCCCCUGCGCUCCAUGGGCACGGGCGUGUCUGCAGACUUCUCUGGAUUCCAGUCCCACCGUCCGCGCACCACCGUGUGUGCUCUCAGCGAGGCAGACCUCAUCGAGUUCCCCUGUGACCGCUUCAUGGACAGCGGGGGCGGCGGCACCGGUGGCAGCUUGAGGCGGGAAGAUCAUCUUCUGCAGCGAUUUGCUGACUAGAUCCAGAGCCUCCAAGGGUGUGGAAACCACCUCUUUGGCCUUGAGGAGCCACGUUCCGUGGAACCCCUCAACCCACCUCAGGGGGAGAUCUCAUUUUAUCAGGGCUUCUCUUUGCUCCGUUCUGUGCAUUUGCCAGACAAGCCAAAGGGAAGGGCGAUUCGGCAAUUCCUCCCCACCCCCAGUUCCCAGUACCCACUCAUGAAGUGAACGGGUGGUCAAGGCCAAGAGUAGGGGACAAAUGGAUGGUGGAGCUUAGAGGUGGGAAGCCUUCUUCUACAUGGAGACCCUGGCACAGCUGUGGAAAUGGCGUUUGUCUCACUGCAGUACAAGAGCCUGUCCCCUUUGGGGGUGGAAAAGGGUGCUUUUGCCCCUGCUAGGGCCAGAAAGAGAUUUGGGUGCAUGCUUUUUGUUUGUUCAGUAUGAAACAGAAGAGUUUUGUUCUAUUUAAGGAAAAAAGGAACUCAUUUGGUAUUACAAAGGAGGCUUGGCAACUUGGCUGCACUGGUCCGGUGGUCUCUGCCAAGAAGGUAGAUGUUGGAAACAGGUGGUAAAGUUUAACACACUCACCAAGGAACUCUUCUGUGUUGGUUAAUAGAACAUUCAGGAUAAUUUAAUGUUUAAAUAAUGAGAGACGCUAUUUUUUUCUCAGCAAUGUGAAGAUCUCUGCCAUUUAACAAACUGACAAUAAACUCAAGGACUAUUUUAGUUGAGCUGAGUGGUUCAACUCGUAUUUUCUUUUUAACAUUAACACCGCAAGAACAUUUGCUGACCUGGGGGUUAACUAAGAUGACCUACUUUCUCAGGAGAAGGCUGCACGCAAGACUUCUGGGUCAGGGUGGCUCCUGUGGCUUUUCACUUUUCUUUUUCUAAACCUAUCUAUGGAAAAGGAAAUUUCAGUGCCAGACUUGAUAAAAGAAUGUAACUAAUGCACGCAUAACCCGUGACCCGGCAGGGAGCAGCCACCUUCCAGUUCGCUGAACCACAUCUCUGACGGUGUGGCCAGAUUGGAAUAAAUACGAUGCGGUACUUCUCUUGUGUUUAUCAGUGACACGCAGUUGACUGUGCCCUGCUUCUCCUGAGUUGCACAGUUAAGCGAUAAAGGUAAUUUCCUAAUAGCAGGGGAGCAAAAGGUGUUAGUCAAUUGAUAGUGUAACAUUCAAUCACACUAAUGUCUUACUCUAUAUAAAACAGAGGGGAAGAAAUUAUUGGGACAAAAUGUGAAAAAGUACAGCAGUGGUUGUCUAUUUCUACUAAAACCAGAAGGUUGUUAGGAGUACUUAAACCUCACUGUGAAAUAGUUCUAUAUUUUGCAAGUUAAUCCCUCCCUCCCCAGUGUGUUACCGCGUUAUUAAAUCUUAUCUUUUAGUUACUAAUUGCAGUAUUUCUUUUAAAAUUUUGUUUUGUUUUGUUUUAAACUUAGGAUUAGGCUCCUUUAUUUGCUCCGUUGUUUUCAACUAUUUGGGACACUUUGGCUCCCCGAUAUUUAUGAAGUACAUGUUUAUCGCUAAGUGUAGUGCUUUGGUUUACAUUAGCAAUUUUGUGUGUGGUCUAAAAAAGCGGUCCCAGAGAAGAUCUGCAUGGUUAUACUCUCCGUGGUGAUGGAUUUAUUGGCAGUGGGGUGCCGUGGGUAGAGGCAACUGCAAAGGUGCUAAGGCUGACAGUGACUCUUCUGUUUAGGGCCUUAUGCCCCUGAUGGUCUUGUUGACUCAGGGAAUCUAUCCUAGUCAGGGGGCUCCUUCCCCAGAGCUCUCCUUUCAUGUUUGGUCCAUUGAGCCAAGCCUGCCCUUGGCCCAGCAGCUGAGCAGGGACCCAGGCAUCUAAAUGAACUGAUCUGUGUUUAUGUUCAGAUGAGUAAAUGUCCAGACCACUUAAAGUACAGCUGCUUCUCUGACAGUUUUAUCUGUGGGGCCAGAACUUAACCCACCACAGGAAAUAGGCUGUCAUUCUUACUCUGCUGUCGAGCCUUGUGUCAGACCCUGAGCCUGUUAGUACACGGGAGAGAAGUCGUUGUUCACUCUAUUUUGCAACCUUUGGGGUCUCUUGCACGCCUGGUGCCCAUAAUUUUGUUCAUUUGUACAGUGAUGGCAUCUUUUAGCUGUUCCUUUUGCAUGGCAACAAAAUACUGAACCCCACUGAAAGUCUGGAAAAGACCACCCUUUCGACGUGCAGACCAUCACUGAAAACGCUUCACGGAGAAACAGUAAAAUCUAUGUACAAAUAGUUCUACUGGAAAGUCUUUCAGUGGGAAAUGAAUAAAUGUUAUACGUUGUUAUGUUCAGUUAUGUCAAUAAAUCCACUUACUAAUGGA